GUGGGCCGCGCCUCCGGGCGAGCUGGGCCAGGCCGGGGCCAUUGCCGCGCUGCCGCCAGUGUGAGAGCGGCAGCGGCAGCAGCUCCAUGGCAGCGGCGCAGGAGGGGCCUGGGCGGCGCGGGAAGAGGGUCGGGGCCGCGGCGGAGGAGGCCGAAGACGAGGCGGAGAGGGCCGGGAGGCGGCGGAGGAGCUUCCAGCCGGCGGCAGAACACCGGGGAACCACCGUCCUGCACGACACCAUCAGCACCCACCCGCAGCCCCUGCCAGCGAGAUACUUUGACAUCAAGACAACAGAGCCCGUCAGCUUUUUCUUGUCUGGUCUGGAGGAGCUGCUGGCCUGGAAGCCUGAUGGCAACGAUGACUUCAACAUCUCUACUGUGCCACUGGCAAAGCGCCAGCCCCCACUCCACAGCAAGAGACCCCGGACUCUGGUGUGCCAUGACAUGCGUGGCGGGUACAUUGAUGACAGGUUCAUCCAGGGCUCAGCCACGCGCAACCCUUAUGUCUUCUACCACUGGCGGUACAUCGACAUCUUCGUCUACUUCAGCCACCAUACUGUUACCAUCCCACCUGUGUGCUGGACCAACGCGGCGCACAAGAAUGGAGUCCCUGUUCUGGGCACAUUCAUCACGGAAUGGACGGACGGGGAGAAGCUGUGCGAAGCAUUCCUGGCUGGCGGGGAGGAGGCAUACCGUGCAGUGAGCGAGCAGCUGGCCCGCAUCGCCCAGCACUACCACUUCGACGGCUGGCUGAUCAACCUGGAGAACACACUGAGCGCAGCAGCGGUGAGGAACCUGCCCCACUUCCUGUGGCACUUGACAGCAGAGGUGCACAGCACCGUGCCAGGAGGGCUGGUGAUCUGGUAUGACAGCAUCCUGAGAAAUGGCGCGCUGAGGUGGCAGAAUGAGCUGAAUGAGGAGAAUAGGGUGUUCUUUGAUGCUUGUGAUGGGUUGUUCACCAACUACAACUGGAAGGAGGCACACCUGGAGCGCACACGGGAGCUGGCUGGGCCACGCCACACUGAUGUCUAUGUUGGUGUUGAUGUCUUUGCCCGUGGGGAGGUGAUUGGUGGUGGCUUCGACACUGACAAGUCCCUGCGCCUGAUCCGCCAGCAUGGCCUCUCUGCAGCCAUUUUCGCUCCUGGCUGGGUCUACGAGCACCUGGGCGAGGAAAAUUUCCUGCAGAAUGAGAACAAGUUCUGGGGCUUGCUGGCUGAGUACCUGCCCACACACAGCAUCUGCACACUGCCCCUUGCCACCUCCUUCAGCCUGGGCAUGGGCACAAGCAGGUUCUUGGAUGGGAAGGAGGAAGAGGCUGGGCCUUGGUAUGACCUGAGUGCGCAGGAGAUCCAGCCACUCUACCCGGAGCACAAGGGCAGGCUGAGCACCAGCUGCUGCCUGCAGGACGCUUGGUAUGGGGGCAGCUCCCUGAGGGUGCAGGGGACCAUCGCCCCCGGCGAGGAGCGAGUGGCUGUCCGCCUUUUCUCUUUGCAGAUGCCAGCGCCCCCCAAGCUCUUCCUGACCCUGCUCUACAAGCUAGAGGGGCCACACCCUGAUGAGUUCACAGUGUCACUGGAAAUCACCACCUGGGACUCGGGUGUCUGCCUCGAGGGCAACAUUACCUCCUUGCCCGAGCCCAAUGGCCGUUACCACCCCCGGUUUCUCCCGGCACCGCCGCCCAGCCUUGCGAAGCUGCUUGCUGCCUGUCACCGUAGUUCCAAUGGCUGGACCAGCCGGUGCUAUGAGCUGGACCUGCAGAACUGUAGCCUGCGAGACCUCUCCCUGCUUGUGUCCCGACACCAGCCCAGCCCGCAGGAGACAUCCUUCACUUGCCUGCUUGGGGAGGUUCGGGUGCUGGAUGCAGCCAGUGUGGCAGCCUCUCCACCACAGGUGCACAGCCUGGCAGCUUCUCAGCUCUGGUGGCAGGAUAGCCCUGAGGCCGGGCAGCUCUCGCUCAGCCUCACCCUCCGCUGGGUUUUCCCUCCUGGCCGGGCUGCCUGCUUCCGUGUUUUCAGCCAGGGUGCCCGCUGCCGCCGGGGCCAAACGCAGCCACAGCUUCUGGGGCAGGCAUAUGCCUGCCUGUACCGCGCUGUGGGGCUGGUGGUGCCUCGGCCAGCAGCUGGGCAGUCCUGCCAGCUGGAGCUGCUGGUGGAGCCGGUGCUGCGAGACGAACUACCUGUGGACCCCCACCGCUGGGGGCGACUGGUGCUGGUCUACUCCGAGCCAGCCGGUGGCACUAGCUGAGCUGGUAUUAAAAGUGAACGUGGUGCAGCCUUG